AUGAAAUUAAUAUUAGUAUUGUUAUGUUUAAUUUCAACACUUUUUGUUGUAAAAGGUGGAUUGUCACCAACCGAACAACAAAUUAUUGUUUCGUAUCACAAUAAAUGGAGAUCAUCUCCAAUUGGUCCAACUCCAUCAACAACAAUUCCAGCAUUAAAAUGGAAUGCAACAAUUGCAGCUGCUCUUCAAAGUAGUUUAGAUAAAUGUGAUGGUAAAUUUAGUACGAUGUCACAGUAUGGAACUAAUAGUGAAUGGCAAAGUUGGUGGACUCCAAAUACUUAUUUCAAUUUAAAUGCAACUCUUGAUAAUAUCCAAAAAGGUGCCUCUUUUUAUGACUGGAACGCUAAAGGUUGUAAUAGUUCUGCAAAUUAUAAUUGUCAAUUAUGGACAUAUGCUGUUUGGAGUAAGAGUACUUCAUAUGGUUGCGCAAAGACAAUAUGUCCAGAUAAAUCUGAAGUUUCAUGUUCAUAUUACCCAGCAGGUGGAUUUAAGGGUGUUCUUCCUUAUACUCCAAAAACAACAACCCCAGCUCCAACUACACCAGCUCCAACCACACCAAAACCAACCACACCAGCUCCAACUACUCCAAAACCAACAACACCAGCUCCAACCACCCCAAAACCAACAACACCAGCUCCAACCACUCCAAAACCAACCACACCAGCUCCAACUACUCCAAAACCAACAACACCAGCCCCAACAACACCAGCCCCAACAUCAACUCUUACAGUAGAUUGGACUUCAUACCAAACUCCAAUAAGAGAUCAAGGACAAUGCGGAUCAUGUUGGGCAUUUGCUAGUAGUGCAGCACUUGAAUCUCGUUACCUUAUUAAAUAUGGUACAGCACAAAAAUCGACACUUCAAUUAUCAAAUCAAAAUGCUGUAAAUUGUAUUGCUAGUGGUUGUAAUGGUGGUUGGUCAGGAAACUAUUUCAAUUUCUUUAAAACACCAGGUAUUGCUUAUGAAAAAGAUGAUCCAUACAAAGCUGUUACUGGUACUUCAUGUAUUACUACAAGUUCAGUUGCAAGGUUCAAGUACACAAACUAUGGUUAUACCGAAAAAACUAAAGCUGCUUUACUUGCAGAACUUAAAAAAGGUCCAGUUACAAUUGCAGUAUAUGUAGAUUCUGCAUUCCAAAAUUACAAGAGUGGUAUAUAUAACUCAGCAACUAAAUACACUGGUAUUAAUCAUCUUGUCUUACUUGUUGGUUAUGACCAAGCAACUGAUGCCUAUAAGAUUAAAAACAGUUGGGGUUCAUGGUGGGGCGAAUCUGGUUAUAUGCGUAUUACAGCAUCAAAUGAUAACCUUGCAAUAUUUGCUUAUAACUCUUAUUAUCCAACUUUCUAA